AUGCUGCUCUUUUGCCAGGGCUGUGGGAAUGGGCUCAUUGUGGAGGAGGGACGGCACUGCCACCGUUUUGCCUGCAACACCUGCCCGUACCUGCACAACAUCACUGGUAAGGUAACAGAUUGGAAGUAUCCAAAGCUGAAAGAAGUGGAUGACUUGCUUGGUGGAGCAGCUGCCCGGGAGAACGUGGACUCCACUGCAGAGCCAUGUCCCAAAUGUGAGCAUCCUCGUGCCUAUUGCAUGCAGCUUCAGACCCGCGCCGCGGACGAGCCAACGACCACCUUCUACAAGUGCUGCAAUGCGCGGUGUGGACACCGCUGGAGGGACUCGAGCCAGGCUGGCCCAGCUGCGUGGCGUCUGUUUACCUUAUUCCCCAGAGUAGAUCCUCAACGGAAGCGAGGACUUGUGUCCUGA